GUCCUUAACACGAUAACACUGGAGUUUCUCAUCUCCAUAACUGUAUCUCUGGUUAUUCUUGCCCGCUUCACAACGGUAUCAAUACCAAAGAUGGUGGACGCAAUUCUUCUUUGAUUAAAGCAAGAAUGGGACAAUUUUGGAAUAUAGCUGGUGACCUCACAAAGAGAUUCCAUUGUUCUGGUGACAGGAAGAAGAGCUGGUGUUCUGAGAUAACGCUCACCCUGGAAUAACUGGCAAAACAGCACCUCCUGAAGCUUCCUGUGUGGUGCAGCGGUCUAAGACACUGCAUCUCAGUGCUAGAGGUCGUCACUACAGACCCUGGUUUGAGUCCAGGCUGUAUCACAGCGGUCUAAGACACUGCAUCUCAGUGCUAGAGGUCAUCACUACAGACCCUGGUUUGAUUCCAGGCUGUAUCACAACCGGCCGUGAUUGGGACUCCCAUAGGGUGGCGCACAAUUGGCCCAGUGUCGUCCGGGUUUGACCCGGUGUAGUCCAUCAUUAUAAAUAAUAAUUUGUUCUUAACUGACUUGCCUAGUGUAAAGGGAGAUAUAGGAGACACCUCACAUUAGUGACAGCUACGGUCAAUAACCAGUUGUUGUAGAUUUCUUUUAAACCAAGAAACAUUCUAACUCUGCUGAGACAAAAUGAGUUCAGAGAAGGAAACGUUGAUGGAUGAAAUCGAACAGAGUUUAUGGAAUUUAACCGAGGACAAUUUACGCUACAUGUGUGAACGUUGUGGAAUGGAUGGCCCUGAAAUUAAAGGGAUGAAUCAUCGCUUAUUAAGGCGUAAAGUCAUGGAGGAAAUGUGGGACAAUACGGAUUCAAUGAAAUCAGAGGAGCAGGGAAAGUCUUGGUUAGUCCAACUGAAAGAGGACAUCAGGAGGACACAGGAGGAGGGUAGCAGUGCACUCAUGAGUCCCAGCCAAUCAGAUGACGUAGACUGGAAUGAAGAGGGAGGAACUAGGUUGCCUAGCAACAGACUGGAGGCUAAAUCUGAUCUAGAGAGGCACACACCAGAGCAGAGGGAGAGUGAUGUGACUACUUCCCAGUCUGAAAGUGUUUUUCUCAAACCACACUUGUGCACUAAAUGUGGAAAGGGAUUCAAUCAGGCCGGCUGUCUUAAGAGACACCUGAGAACUCAUACGGGGGAGAAACCAUUUGUUUGCCCUCGUUGUGGGAGGGCUUGGAGUGAUUCUGGAAACUUAAGGAGACACAUGAGAAAAACUCACCCAGGAGAGGAGAUGGUUGUUAAGAGGGUCGACACUCAGAGGAGUGACCCUACAGGAAGUAGGGAGGAAAUGAAUGUGGAUUCAAUUAAAUCGGAGGAGCAGGGAACGUCUCGGUCACUCCAGCUGAAAGAGGAGGAUGCUUGCGGUGCGCCCGUGAGUCCCAGACAGGCUCAUGCUGAUGAUAUAGACCUAAACGUUGAGGACAGGGAUUGGUUGCCUAGCAUCGGACUGAAGGCAGAGCCCAUGAGUCCCAGACAAUCCGAUGAUGACGCUGCAGACCGCAAAGAAGAAUGGAACGAAGUGGGAGGCGCUACGUUGCCUAGCGAUGGACUGGAGGCGGAGUCAGCUCGAGAGCGCCACAGUUGCGACAAGCCUCUCUUGCCCUCCUCCACCCUCGCUGAGUCCCCGAGUCGUGCCUCUCCCGGUAGCGCCUUAUUGUGCGGUCUGAAGAGGGUGUCUGUGCGGCUUGUCGACUGCAGGAAGACACCGGGGCAGAGUGGCCUUCAAAUGCACAAGGCAACACAGACAGGAGAGAAACCCCACAGCUGGUCUAAUGCGGAACAACACAAAACCCUCUCAGGAGACAGGCCUGGCUCCCAUAUCUGUGAUCACUGUGGGAAGAAUUUUACCACAGCAACCAAUCUGAAAAGACACUUGCUGUAUUUGUCUGGAGAGAAACCAUACAUCUGCUCUGAAUGCGGAAAGAGAUUCACGCAGGCCGGCAGUCUUAAGACACACCAGAGAACUCAUACUGGGGAGAAACCGUACAUCUGCCCUCGUUGUGGGAAGGCUUGGAGUGAUUAUGGAAACUUAAAGAGACACAUGAGAAGGCAUACUGUUAAUAAACAAUACACAGUGAAACCUCACCACUGCUCUGAUUGUGGGAAACAGUUCAUUGUAAAAUCAAGCCUUAAACAUCACCGGGAGGUUUUUCACACAGAUCACCCUCAUCGCUGUGGUCAAUGUAAGAAGAGUUUCAUAACCGCAGAAAGACUGGAAUCACACAUUAAGACACAACACCCGCCAAGGGAUCCUCUGAAGAACCCACACGUGUGCUCUGAAUGCGGAAAGGGCUUCCAUCAGACCGGCUGUCUUAAGAGACACCUGAGGACUCAUACGGGGGAGAAACCGUUUGUUUGCCCUCGUUGUGGGAGGGCUUGGAGUGAUUCUGGAAACUUAAAGAGACACAUGAGAAAAACUCACCCAGGAGAGGAGAUGGUUGAUAAGAGGGUUGAUACUCAGAGGAGUGACCCUACAGGAAGUAGGGAGGAAAUGAAUGUGGAUUCAAUUAAAUCGGAGGAGCAGGGAAGGUCUCCGGCACUCCAGCUGAAAGAGGACAUCAGAAGGAUACUGGUGGAUGCCAGCGGUGCACCAAUGAGUCCCAUCCAAGCCGAUGAUUAUUCUGAAGGCGGUGACGAGGGAGGAACUUGGUUGCCUAGCAACAGACUGGGGGCGAAAUCUGAUCUAGAGAGGCACACGCCAGAGCAGAGGGAGAGUGAUGUGACUACUUCCCAGUCAGAAAGUGUUUUUCUCAAACCACACUUGUGCACUAAAUGCGGUAAGGGAUUCAAAAAAGCUGGCUGUCUUAAGAGACACCUGAGGACUCAUACGGGGGAGAAACCAUUUGUUUGCUCUUGUUGUGGGAAGGCUUGGAGUGAUUCUGGAAACUUAAAGAGACACAUGAGAAAAACUCACCCAGGAGAGGAGAUGGUUGUUAAGAGGGUCGACACUCAGAGGAGUGACCCUACAGAAAAUAGGGAGGAAAUGACUGUGUAUUCAAUUAAAUCAGAGGAGCAGGGAACGUCUCGGUCACUCCAGCUGAAAGAGGAGGAUGCUUGCGGUGCGCCCGUGAGUCCCAGCCAGGCUCAUGCUGAUAAUAUAGACCUAAACGUUGAGGACAGGGAUUGGUUGCCUAGCAUCGGACUGAAGGCAGAGCCCAUGAGUCCCAGCCAAUCCGAUGAUGACGCUGCAGACCGCAAAGAAGAAUGGAACGAACUGGAAGGCGCCCUUCGUUGUGGGAAGGCUUGGAGUUAUUAAAGGGACCCAUGAAAAGAGCUCAACCACCACCCAAUCAUCAUGUCCCUUAUCCCUACCCACCACCCAAUCAUCAUGUCCCUUAUCCCUACCCACCACCCAAUCAGCAUGUCCCUUAUCCCUACCCACAUCAGACACCAUGGUAACCUGGUUUACACCUGUCCAAUCUCUUAUAGAUGUGUUUACUACUUCAAAGAAACAAGAUGUGAACCAUGUGUUUUUUUUAAAGGGGGUUAUAUUAGAUGUUGUAGUUGUUUUUAAUGGAGAGGUUAGAAGUAGAGACAGAGACAGAUGAGGAGGGAAGACAGUGAAGUAGAUGCAGGGAUUGAACCCGGGACUCCAGUGGGGAGGCUGAGGCAUACACAGAGCAUCCAGCUGUGCUACCACAAGACUACAGGCUAUAUGUACUAGAGCUGAGGCAUACACAGAGCAUCCAGCUGUGCUUCCACAAGACUACAGGCUAUAUGUACUAGAGCUGAGACAUACAUAGAGCAUCCAGCUGCAUCCAGCAUCUAGCUUAAUAAAAUUAUAUUUUCCCCAAA